AUGUCCGCGCUGCGCGACCUUUUGGACGCUAGUGAUUUAAACACUCUAACGAAUGGCUUCGUGAACAUGGUGUCAGUUGAUCAACUGGGUAAGCUGAAGGAGGCUUUGAAAGUUUGGGUCCAGUUGUCUUCUCUCACAGGACCCUGGGUAACUGAACAAAGGAAUGACGCCUCCGAUAGCGAUACUGGAUCAGAGGCUGGGAUUUUUAACUAUCUAAACGCGAUCCCAAAAGGCAACAAGAGAUCUGCUAAGUUGUGGAUGAAAGAUGGGCUUUUCCCCUCAAAAUGCGUGAAAUCAUCGCAGUUAACGCGAGAGAACGUAACUCUUACAAGUUAUAGAUUUCAGUAUGAGCCUGGAGAACGACACGACUACGACUUCAACAUAGACCCGAGUAAUCUUCCCUUUUCAAGCUGGGAUUACAAAGCCAUGAAGAGUGUCUGCUACAAUGAUUCGCUUCCAGAGAUGUUCAGCACCUACCUAUCAUAUAUCAUGAAUAAGUGCAUUGACAAACUGAGAACUGGUCGGUUGAAGUUGGAGGUGAUACUAUGUGACUGCAUGAUGAUUGAUCCUUUCCUACCUGUCGACCUUACGUAUAACCGCAUUACAACUUCCAGUCUAAGCGACUACAUUUCCCUUUCCGCUUUACUGACAAAUUCAUGGGGUACUUGAAUGUCAGCAACAGUCAUUCAUUCUUAAUGAAUGAAAUGCAUAAUUGGGUGAAUGACUAUUUGCCCGAAGUGAAAGCUGAUAUAUUUUUGAGGGCCCCUGAACUCACACCGAAAGUUGUGAAGGACACAAACAAUCCAUUGCUUGUGGUGACAGGGCACUUGACGAGCUUAAUUGAAUACCACAACAUUAAUCCAGACUUCCAGCUCUACCUCCGUGCCGCUCUUAUCGAGUCACACACUGAAACAGAAUUGGAGUCUUUCAGGAGACAAAGGAAGAAUCUUCCAUCCAUGAAAACUAUCAUUGCUGAUUUAGGCCUUGAGCUACGUGACUAUGUGAGAAAUUAA